AUGCGCCCUGCGGACAAGACAGGCCUCGGCCCUUCUGCCGCCAUGGGCGCCACUGCAGAAGAGUUGACGAUCUGGAGACAGCACAUGAAUAAGAACAAGCUGCACACCCUAGCUCGGCUGAGCCGGGAUGUAUUCUUUUCAUCAAGCCAUUUGGAGAGCCCAUUCUGUGGCUUGGUGUGGCUAGAGGUCAGUUGCCUGGGAGAUGAGUAUGUCACAAAGGCCACCCUGACUGCCAGUCACCAGGUCAUAAAGGUGGACAUUGUUGGGGAAUCAGUAUGUGACAAAGAAGUCUCUAUGAUAUGGAGCCACGUUUCUGACUUUAUUCUACGACAGCUGAGGCUGCAAAAGGGGGUCUACAUACCUGCUUUUGGGACAUUUACUUUUAUGAGGCAAAAACUAGAUGCUGGGAACAGGUUUAGCUCUAUCCAGAUACCGAUCUUUAUCAUGUCAGAGAAGCUAUUGCAGCUGCAUGGACUACGACAAACUAAGGUCCACACACCUGGGGAUAUUCCCGUUGUACCACUGAAUUUUAUCAUGGUUGCCAUAGCGGGGCAUUAUAGCAGGGACACAGUCGAAGGAUGCAUUAAAGAAACUCUGCAGCUCUUAUCACGAUCAAUCUGCACACGAAAGAAAGUUGAAUUUACUUUCCAAGGAAUCGGUAUCCUUACAAUUGAAAAUGACAAAGUAAAAAUGAAAUUUUUUCAGGACUUCUUGUCUGCAGUGGAUACAAGUGGCAAUCUGGAAAAAGGUAUUGCAAAGGUAAUGUUGACCUUCUAAUUAUUUCUCUUUCUUACAGUUCUGAAUUGUCUAUAGAGGUGUCAC